AUGCCCUCAAUACUGAAGACCGUCGGCGCAGCACUGCUGCUUGCCUCUACCUCCCUGGCACUGGUUGCGCGCAGCCCACAACACCUGGAUCUCAGGGCUCUCGGGCUACCAGAACGACGGGCUGACCCCAACCUGACGGGUUACCUGGGUGCCUUUUUCCUCGGGGACGAGCCCGAUGUGUAUUUCUACCUGAGCAAUGGGAACGACGCGAUCUCAUUUAGCGCGCUCAACGGGGGCAAGGCGGUGAUCGUGCCUACCAAGGGGACUGGCGGCGUCCGCGACCCGGCAAUAGUGCCUGGCGGCGGAGCUGAGGCCGGCAAGAAGUGGUAUAUCGUCGGGACGGAUCUGGACAUCGGAAAGACGACUUGGGAUGCGGCCCAGAGGACCGGCUCGCGCGGCAUCUUCGUGUGGGAGAGCACUGAUCUGAUCAACUGGAAGAACGAGCGGCUCGUCCAGGUCGAGGAUCAGACUGCCGGCAUGGUCUGGGCCCCCGAGGCGAUCUGGGAUGCCAACAAGGGCCAGUACCUGGUCCACUGGGCCUCCAAGUUCUAUGCGGCGUCUGACACGGCCCACACCGGCACCCCGUCGAAUAUCAAGAUCCGCUUUGCAUACACGAGCGACUUCAAGACCUUCAGCGCACCAGGAACCUACAUCGACAAGGCCCCAACCAACAUCAUCGACCUCAACAUCCUGCCCUACGGCAGCAGCGAGCCCAACGCCUACCUCCGCUUCCUCAAGGACGAGACGCUCAAGAACGUCUUCGUCGAGUACUCGACGACGGGGCUGAACGGCACCUGGACCCGCCCCGGCGGCGACGGCGCCUACAUCCGCACGCAGACCGAGGGCCCGGCCUCGUACUGGGACAACAAGGCCGCGGGCAGGGUGAACCUACUCGUCGACUACUACGGCGGCAACGGCUACGCGCCGGUCUACACCACGAACCCGAGGAGCAACAGCGGCUGGGCUAAUGCUAGCACUGCGAACUUCCCCGGCGGCCUGAGGCACGGCGCUGUGCUGCCUAUCACCGCGGCGCAGUACAGUGCUCUCAGCGCAGCGAAGUGGUCGUAG